GCCGGACUUGCUGAGCGCCUCGGCCCUAAUCCCGGCCGCCGGACCAUCCCGACGGGACCACCCGAGUCUCUCCGUCCAUCUCCGCAACCACGUCCGGUGACCCGUGUCUCCCCAAAUCAUUGCGCGGGCCCACGGCGAGCGACCAUGAGCCCGCUCCGGCGCGGACGGCGGUCGGCCCUCCUCCUCCUGCUGCUGACCACGGCCGUGGCUGCGGCCCCCCACCCGGCCGCGCCCCGGGAGGCGAGCCUGGACAUCUGGAUGAGGGAAGAGGAGGACAGGAUGCGGGUCGGAGGGCAGCUGCCGCUCACGCCCCGCGAGGCCAAGGCCAACGAGAGGCUGGUGGCCAUCAAGGAGGCCGAGUGGGCCUGUUCCACGAAGACCGCCAGGUUCCCUCCUAGCAUGCACUUCUUCCAGGCCAAGCGGUUCAUCGACGACAGCCGCGUCUUCCGGGUGUUGAAGGACAUGCCCAAAGGAGGUGCGCUGCACGUCCACAACCCGGCCCUCCUCACCGUCCGGUGGCUGAUCGAAGCCACGUACAGGCCCCACUGCUACGCCUGCUUCACCCCGGAAGGCGACAUACGGUUCAGGUUUGCUCACCCGGGGCCCCCGGCCCCGCUGACCAAAGCCUGUUCCGACUGGGUGCUACUGGACAAGUUCCGGGAGCGGCUACUGAACGUCACCGAGUUUGACAACAGCAUACUGCGCAAUAUGACUCUGGAGACGGAAGAGCCGGAGAAGGCGUACCCCGAUCAGGCCACGGUCUGGAAGAGGUUUGAGGGCAACUUUGGCACGCUGUCGGGGCUGGUGCGGUACGCCCCCGUGUUCCAAGAUUAUUUGGCCGGGGCCCUGAAGGAAUUCUACGAAGACAACGUUCAGUACAUGGAGCUCAGGACGAUGCUGACCCCCAUCUAUGAGCUGGACGGUCAGUUCCACGACGAAGAAUGGUUGUUGCAGACGUACCACAAUGUCACCCGGGAGUUCAUCAAGGAUCACCCCGACUUCAUCGGAUUCAAGAUCAUUGUAACGGACCACAGGGCUAACAGCAUACAGAAUCUCAACGCAUCGCUUCAGAGAUCCAUGAAGCUCAAAGCCAAGUUUCCAGACAUCAUCGCGGGCUUUGACCUGGUGGGCCACGAGGACAAAGGUCAAGCCCUGUGGGAGCUGAAGGACAUGCUGACCUCUGGAGACUUCCCGCUGCCGUAUUUCUUCCACGCUGGCGAGACCAACUGGCACGGCACGGACGUGGACGAGAACAUCUUGGACGCGCUGCAUCUGAACACCAGCCGGAUCGGGCACGGGUUCGCAAUGGCCCGUCACCCCGUGGCCCAGAAGAUGGCCCUGAGCCGGGACGUCCCCAUCGAAGUCUGCCCCAUCUCCAACCAGGUCCUGAAGCUCGUGUCCGACAUGAGGAACCACCCCGCGGCCUCUCUGAUGGCCAUCGGCCAGCCCAUGGUCAUCAGCUCCGACGACCCGGCCCUGUUCGGGGCCCGGGGCCUAUCCUACGAUUUUUACGAGGCCUUCAUGGGCAUCGGCGGGCGGAGAGCCGACCUCAGGACCCUCAAACAGCUGGCGCUCAACUCCCUCAAGUGA